CACCGGUCAAACAUUGUCAUGACAACAGUUAUACCGACAACAAAACAAGUUGAAGUUCCUUUUCGUGUAAAAUACAUUAUUUUGAAUACCUGUUAAUAUAAAUAGACAUUCAGUUUCAUUUACUACGUAUUCCCUACGCCGUGUUUAUUGUUUACGAACUAAUACGUUAAUAAACGUGUGAUUCAGUGAUACUUGUGUCAUGCAUCAUAAUAAAUUAAAGAUUAUUAUGAUUGGCCCGAGCGACAAAGAACGUUAAAAAAAUUAUUCAUUGACUACAAGUUAAUUACCUGAAAAAAAACCAAUGUCCCGUUUUGAGUCAAAAAAUAAAUGCUCACGUUAACUAUACCUGAACACCACCUUAUUACUCAUACCGUAUAAAUGAUGAUGAAUUCACGACGUAUGUACAUAUGUAUGUCCUGGAACUUCUAGCCUAAACUCUAGACAAAACAUAUGUAUACUAAACUGCUUACCUUUUUGAAGGCUAACAAGACACAUUCUGGAUAUAUGAGGCAGUUUAUACCAAUGUUUUCAAAGAGUGGAAAAACUUUAAUAGCAAACUUUUUAUCUGAAUCCGUGAAUAUUGAGGAGGUUGAUGUUACAAGGCCGACACAAGGAGUCCGAAUAGUUGAAUUUGAACUUUCCAACUUAGUUGUAAAUGGCAAAAGUCACAACGUAGACAUCGAACUAUGGGAUUGCAGUGGUGAUCAUAGGUUUGAGUCAUGUUGGCCAGCGCUUCGUGCUGGAGUAGACGGUGUUAUAUUGGUAUGCUCGUCGAAUACUAUCGACACGGCAGGGAGAGAAAUGGAACUGCUUUACAAUUACUUCGUUUCACAGCCAAAAUUGUCCGCCAAACAGUGUGUCCUCUUUUAUAAUAACGUGCAAGAUCCAGAGGAUAUGGAGACUAUAAACUUAUCUCCGACUUUUUCCAAAGUGUCACAGGUGGCUGUAAACAUGAAGUCAGGAGGAAAUCGUUUAAAAAUUGAUUUUUCAAACUACAUUGUCUCAGUUUUGCAAACGCUAAAUAAAGAUAAUUAAUUAUAGGUACUUCAUUUUAUCCAUGUUUACAAUUCUUAAUAUAAUACUUACCGAUUUUUUUACAUACGAUUAAA